AUGGCAAGCAUACCAGCUUCGAUCAGAGAGUCUCCAAAGCUGACCAGUUUCGACCAGCCCACCUACCUUUCCGAGAUCAAAGACUUGAGACAACAUGAGAACGCAGCGGGUCAACAACGAUCUCGACGAGGGCAUUGGAAUCCAUCCAGCCUGCCAGAAGAUCAUGUCGCCUCAGAAGCUUUGUGCUUCCGCCAUGACCGCGGCACUACGCGCGUGCUGCAGAGCAGACCUUCCAACGUCCACCACUACAAAUCCUACAGUAUCUACUACAUCCGUGGCAAAUUCCUCGCUGUACCCUACGAUGCUUCGCUCAAGCAAGAAGACUCAUCAGACGAUGAGGGUGAUGGAACUGCUUUCGAAACGUGGCAGCCUUUGACCUUUCGGCAUCUGAAUCUUGGUGGUUGUGUCCGCGGCCUCGCCUCGUACGUCGAUAUUCGACUGCAGGAAUCAAGAAUGCAGACACAACCGGCCGACAGAGUGUGGAUGGAAUACUUUCUUCCAGACCGAUAUAAUCCCCAACCUCAAGAAGCACGCCGUCGAGGCCUGGUGGGAAAGCUUGCACUGAUCAUUGAUCUCGCAGCAACGUCGCAAGUACCUGAGCAGUGGAAGCCAGCUCUUACCAUACACCAUCACAGAUUCAAUUAG